AUGCUGCCCCCUACCCACGUCUACUCCCUCAUCAUCCACAACAAAACCUUAAAGGAGAUGACGCUGAUGGUGACGUACUCAAACAUGAUCGACAACACAGUGGCACAUCACAGCGUUGUCGUCGCCCCUGGUGAGAAGGGUGUCGCGGAGCCGCGUACCUUUUCGUGGAACGGGGCGACAUUUGCGAUUGUCAUCACCGCGGUGCAUGCCAAGGACGCACAAACCGCGCUUACGGCGCCCUUUCCAGGGGUGAACAGUCCAACGAAUGACUACCUUGUCACCCUUGUGGAGGAAAGUGGCACGGUUCAUCUGAAAGCAGAGCAGGCGUGA